AUGAAGAUGGACAAGAAGCUAAGUGUCAUCGAGCUACUAAAACAAGCUGUGAAGCUACUCUUGAGCAACAUCAAUCUACCACUCAUCAUCUUCCUCUGUUCUCUCCCACUGUUCUGUUUCUUGAUCUUCUUUGAGCUCUCCCUCCAAACCACCCUCUCUUUCACUUACCAAUUCCUCUCCAAACAAGUCAACGUUGAGAAGGAUUUGUCACAGAACGAUCUGUUUGUGCAAGCCACCAACUAUCUCACUUACCAGCCGCUUUACCAACAACGCAAUAUUUGGGAGGACUUGUCUGAAAACGAUCUGAUUCCAUGUCUGAUCAAGACAUCUCUGCUCUACUUCUUCCCUUACACCAUUCUCGACCUCAUCACCACCACCACAAUCGUUGCAGCAUCUUCAACAGUUUACACGUCAAAGGAAGAACCCUUGGGGUUGCUUGAUCUGGUACGGAGAUCUAUCAAGAUAUGUCAGAAGAGACUAGGAGGUUGUCUGAUCACAUCUCUUUAUGUUCUUCUCUUAUCAACCUCUGUGUUCCUCUUUUUCCUUCCUUUCUUUCUUUUGUUUUUCUUCGGUUUCUUCUCUCAUUGGGCGGACAGUUUAAACAUUGUUAGUCUCGUACACCAACGUCAAACCUUACUCGACCUAGUACCGUUUCUGAUCUACGCGAUGGUGGUUCUUGUUCAGGCUACUCUCUUCAUGUACCUGACUGCAAAGUUCAUCAAGUGGAGUGCAGGAUGGAACAUGAGUUUGGUAGUUUCUGUCUUAGAAGAAGAUGGUGAUGAAGGCGUAUAUGGAAGUGAUGCUCUGUCUCUUUCAGCUUGGUAUCGAAAAGGACAUGAGAAGUGUGACGUAUGGAUGAUGUUGAUGUUCUUGGUCUUUGCUGUUGUGACGAGGAUGCCGUGUUUAUACUCUAAAUGCAGUUUAAGUUCAAGUGGGAAGGGUGUGUUGUACACUGGUUUCUAUGUAGGUUUGAUUUGUGUUGGUAAUGUGGUUAAAUGGUUGGCUUGUGUUGUACGUUACCAUGAUUGUAAGACUAGGAUUUUGAGAAACAAGGCUGAUGUAGAACAAGCUAAACCUCUAAUGAGUGGUAAAGAGACAGGAGGCAAAUAA